AAAAAAAAGGAAAGAAAGAGAAAGAAAAAGAAAAAGAAAAAGGUAAAGAAAAAUUCAUCCAAAUUCCGAGAAAUGAUCCAACGAAAGAAAAUAAGAAGAAAUAACCGAGAAACAGACAAAGGAGCGCUCUCUCUCUUUGUGGUCUCCAAACACCGAAACGGAUGCCCAAACCCUAACCGCAUUGAAUAGGUCCUCCGUGAGCUAUGAUCUGUCGUUAAUGGAGUCUUGAUCAGAAACAUCUGUUUGAGCGGUUGGUCAGAGAAGCUAUUGGAUCAUAUGAAGUGCUUACUGGAUCCGAUUCCUUCUCUAUUUGUUGAUUCAAGUGUACUGUUGUCUUAUGUUUUUGCACAAAACAAGCUUUUUGGCAGAUUUAGUGAGUUUCUCGGAAACCGGACCGAGCUAGGUGGAAUCUUGGCCUUAGGGAGUCCUGGGGAUUCUUCUGCCGUUGAUUAGGUGAGGGGUGAAUUCCUCUUAAGUGGAGUGGUCUUGCAUUGGAUUAGCAAGCUUGGCGUUGAAGAGGGAAGGCUAUUAUGGCUGAAGGAGAGGAGCAUAUCGAGCUUAAAUUUCGCAUUUAUGAUGGAACAGAUAUAGGUCAUCGCACCUAUGCUUCAUCCACUACUGUCGCAACUCUCAAGCAAAGACUGGUUGCUGAAUGGCCCCCAGACAAAACAGUCAUACCUAAGUCGGUUAAUGAUAUGAAGCUCAUACACGCUGGAAAAGUUUUGGAGAAUAGCAAAACACUUGCUGAAUCUAGAAUAACCUUUGGCGAUCUUCCUAGUGGUGUCAUUACAAUGCAUGUGGUAGUGCAGCCUCCUGUAGCUAAAAAGAAGACAGACAAGAACCAGGACGAGAUGCCAAAGCAGAAUUCGUGCUCAUGUAUCAUCCUUUAAAAAUGGGAAGCAUGGUUUGUAGUUGCAAUUACAAACAUGAUCACCUCUUCACAUUUUUUUGUUCUUCCAUUAUGAUGUUAGUGUAAUGUAAGAUCUUAUAUACAGUUUAGUGGGUUGCCCUUUUCCCUUGUAAUUGCUUCUGCUGUUGUUCGUGCUGUCAUCUUUCUCAUGUAAGUGAAAUCAGAAUUUAUUCCAUGAAUAAUCUCUGAAUUUUAUGGGAAGGUUGUGUAUGUGUUUCCAAGAGAGAGAGAGAGAGGGGCAGUGCUCAUUUGUAUGCUGAGUCAUGUACUUAACAUCUGUGGAACUCAUAAAAGACAUGGCAUUUCAGCUCCUUCAGACAUUUGGAACAUUAUAAUUCUACACCUUUUUGUUUUAUAUACCAAAUACACCAACAUUUUGGUCCU